UUCUGAACACAGGAGGAGGUUUCUGAACACAGCAGUUCUUUGUCCAGCGGACAAAGAACUGUUGUUCGGCAUCCUCUGCGGGUCACAGCCGAACAGACCGACACCGAGCCGGACGCUCCGCUAACAACUGCUUCACUUCAGCUGCGACAUGAAGCGCUGCUUCGGACUGGUUCUGCUGCUCUGGUCCGGGAUGCUGCAUGUGGGUUCUGGGCUUCGCUGCUACAAGUGUGCUGAUUACACGGGGCGCUGCGAGAACGUGCAGGAGUGCACAUUUGAAGACUCGUGCAUCUCUCUGAUCGAUCAAGGUGGGAAGACGAUCCGGCAGUGUAUCCGGUACACAGAGUGUGAUGUGUCCCGCCUCCCCCAGAUGUUCCCGUCCAUCUCCAGAUUCACAUACAGGUGCUGCAACAGUAACCUGUGUAACUCGGGCUCCACAGCCCCCGCGGCCGGCCCGGUCCUGGUUCUGCUGUGGUCCCUGUUGAGCUUUUGGUGGUUCUGGUUCUGAAUCGCUGCAGCUGUUCUGGAUGUAAACGUUAAGUUGAACUAAUCUUUGGCUCGCUGGUUGUUUUCAGGCUCCUGUGGCUCCUCAGGUCUCUUCUGUAAAUCUGAUUUUACUCAUUUAAAAUGUGAUUUUCUGUUGGUUUAGCAGGAAAUAAAAUGUUCUGGCUUUUAAA